UCUCAAAUCAAUGCUGCUUUCAUCUGAACAGCCAAAGCGGAUCGAUCAUUUUUCAAUAAAGAACAUCUGAACAGGAUGCAAGCUUGCAGAUAUUGAACACAAAGUGGCCGCUACUAUCAAAUCUCGUCUUCCUAUACUACUUCCCACCAUUCUGAAAUGAUUAAUGAUCAGAACUGGUUCUAGUCAAGUAACGCAUUGAUGAUGGCCAGCUCAUCUAGUAUCCCAAUGACAGGGGGAAACGUCCCAGUCAAUAUGUUCGCGUCUUCUAGCAAUUUUGUGACCAACCAUUCACCUUCCACGUCAAGCAUGCACUCAGCAAGAUCACAUUCAAGAAGGAGUGGACCUCACAUUAAUCCAUUCGGUGGCGGCGGAGAUCGUAUGAAUGCAAAAGAGAGCAGUAGCAGCAACAACGGCACAAACCAUAAUGCUCGUCUGAUGCGACAACAGUUUCGUCAAAAAUGUCAAGAAGCUAUGGCUAGAGAUCGAAAUAGAGAUCGAGAACGAAAACUUCAAAGAUCGCGCGAAUCAGGUAGCUCAGCGCCUAAUUCAGACACAGAUGGCUAUACAACGUAUGGGACAGAGCCAUCCUUGAGCUCGGAUCGUGGCGAUGGAACAGAAAUUGAUCAGAUGAAUGAGGAAGAAGAGGCUAUCCGUCGUAUAAUGACAGCGGAAUAUCGACGUAUGCUGAAGGAGCAAGAAGAGCAAGGAAGUCUGGAAGUAGGUUGGCUUGGUCCUGAUGAAGUGGCUUGGCUGGAAGAAGAGAUGCGAAGGGAGGAUCAAAUCGAGCACGAACAAACAAUGGAACCACCUCCAGAUAUGGUAGAUGAAGAUGAAGAAUUAUGCGAAAUGUAUGAACACGCUCAAAGUCAAGCAAGUAGACCGUUGAUGACGAUUGGUGCGGGAUUGCAAGAUGAAGACUUUUCUUGGAUUCAUGAUGUGGACUGUGAGAUCUGGGAUGGCGAAGCUGAUGGGAAUGAGAACAUGGAUGUGACCAUGUGAACGGG